AUGUCCCCUCCGCUGCUUAACGGUGGUGGGCACCCAAACGGCCACGGCGACUUCAACGGUGUAUCAAGGGAACCCAAGUUUGCCAGUGGACUCAUUCUUCCUCCUCCGGAGAUCAAGUCUUCUGCCAACCCUCCUCAAUUCGAGGACAAAAUCCGCGAGAACCAGCGUCAGGACCCGAAGUUCUCGUUCCUCAACCCCGCCGACCCUUACCAUGCUUACUACAGGCAUCGUAUGGAGAAGGUGAUCCGGGGAGAUUUGGAUGACGAGCCGGCACCUGGAAAAGAGGAGAAGAAGGCGGACAGCGUCGCCCCCGAGCCUGAGGUCGACCGAGGAGUAGAGCCCCCGGUGCCUGAGUUUAUACUCGAUAUUCCCAAUAUCACUGCCAUUGAUCUGGACAUAAUGAAGCUCACUGCUCUAUUCACUGCGCGUCGCGGUCGAGCAUUCCUAGCCUCCCUCUCCGCUAGGGAAGGACGGAACUACCAAUUCGACUUCUUGAGGCCCACUCACUCGCUCUUUGGUUACUUCAAUCGGUUAGUAGAGCAGUAUUCGAAGGUUCUCCUCCCUAGUAAGGAGAUGUUGGCGCAGUUGAAAGAUCGCACACAAGAGGGCGCCCGCUGGAAGGAGCUCGAGAUCGCCCGCAAGCGCGCUCGGUGGGAGCAGGUCAAGCGGAGAAGGAGAAGAAACGCGAGGACGACAAGGAGGCGGAACAAAAUUGACUGGCAUGACUACGCGAUUGUCCAGACCAUUGAGUUCACCGCUGCUGAUGCCACUUCUGAACUGCCGCCGCCUAUGAGCGUGCAGGAGGUCGAGAACAUGACGUUGGCCCAGAAGAGGAUGGCAGCCAUGGUUAUGGAGACAACCGCUGAGGAUGUCGAGGCACAUCGCGCUCGCCAAGCAGCUGCAGAGGCAGAAGCAGCUGCGGCCGUUAGCAGCGCUGGAGUGGCUCAGGAAGACGCCGCUAUGGAGGAGUCCGACGACGAGGAUCAGGAAGCACAGGACCGCCGCAGACGCGAGGACGAUGAGCGGGCGCGGGAAGUCGAGAGGGCACGGGCUAUUCAGGCCAACUCUUUGGAUGCUGGUGCUCCGAUGAAGAUCAGGACGGACUACGUGCCGAAGGUCGGCAAGAAGUCUUCCGAGAGGAUGACGACAUGUACAAUCUGUGGUCAGCAAAUCCCUGUCGACGAACUCCAGGAGCACAUGCGUAUAGAGUUACUCGACCCAAAGUGGAAGUCGCAGCGGGACGCCCUGGAGGCCCGCAAGGCACAGGCCUCCGAGCUGCAGCGUGGUGCCAAUGUCGUAUCGUCCCUCAAGAACCUUGCGCGCACGCGUGUCGAUAUCUUCGGCGCGGAAGCAGACGAAGAGAAGCGCAAGAAGGAAGAGGAAGAAGAGCGAUUGCGUCGGAGGGAGAGAGAAAAAGUUAUCUGGGAUGGUCAUACCGCAUCCAAGGCCAACACGCUCGACAAGUACUCCACGAAUGUCAACUUCGACGAGCAGAUUGCUGCUAUUCAUCGGGCCAAGGGUCUUGGACCAAGCUGGGGCAAUUGGCCCUGGAAUUGGGCCCGCCGCUGCCCGGCACCGAUGACUUCUCUUCCUCCCCCUCACACAUCCUUGCCUGCCCCGCCUAACCAGGGUGGUGCCCCGGGAGACCCUGCCUACUCGGCAGCCACUAUCUCCUCGGGCCCCCAACCUGCCUCCCUAUACCCUCCCCAGCCCCCGCCUGUCAUGCUUCCGCCUUUGCACUACCAAGGGAUGGAUGCGGCUCAACCGUUUGGUUACCAACCUCCGCCUAGCGCGCCGCCUAUGAUGCAUCCUGCUCGUGCGGCGCUCGCAGGAUCGCCUGGGGCUGUCGGCACACCGCCUCAAACUGGGAUGGUCCGUACGGCAGACCAGAUGGAGGGCGGAGCGGACCAGAUCCCUCCUGCGAAGCGGCAGAAGAUUGCGAAAAUUCCGGGCACGACGCUGUACCCUGAGGAGGAUUGGAUUAACAUGCAUCCGCAUCCGAUUUCUCUGGUCAUCCAGUUGCCCAACGAGUCGUCUAAACCGGAGUGGAAGCUCGACGGACAGGUGGUCACCGUCCCCGACAUUCCGCUCAACCUCCUGGUAUCCACGCUGCGAGACCGCAUCUUGCAGUACCUCGGCAACCCUCCAGUGCCUCUUUCUCGUAUUCGGCUGUCUUACGCUGGGCGGAUGUUGCCCAACCAGAACACUAUCGCGAGCCACAACAUUGAGGAUGAGGACCUCAUUGUUCUGAGCCUCAGAGAUGCGAAGAAACGGUAG